UACAGAUAAUAAACACCGCCUUAUUGGCCGGCAUUUUGGGAUGGAGGGGUACUCCUCCUGUACGUACACCGAUCUGCAUAUACAUCUCCUUUGCCGUUUUGCAGCUUAAAGUGCACACACCAAAAUCUCAGUCGGAUCCACACUCGACGGCGGCCAUGACCGCCGGGAUCCUCUCUCAAUCCACUCUCCUGUCGCCAUCUCCGCCGCGCAAAACCCUAACACCACCGCGUCUUCUCCCGUCCAGGGUCUCUCUUCCUUCUCACAAGCCCUUUCUCAGCCAUGGCUCGCCGUCUCUCCGAAUGGAAGAUAGGAUUAUGACGAAACUGCCCACGGCCGUAUCUGAAAAUUCCUCAGCAUUGUCUCCGGUCGAUUUGGAGAAGAAGACGAGGAAUCCGAUUGUGGUGAUCGAUAAUUACGAUAGCUUCACUUACAAUCUUUGCCAGUAUAUGGGAGAACUGGGUUGUGACUUUGAGGUUUACCGGAAUGAUGAGCUGACCGUAGAUGAAUUGAAAAAAAAAAAUCCAAGAGGAGUGCUUAUAUCCCCAGGACCAGGUGCACCUCAGGAAUCAGGAAUAUCAUUGCAAACUGUGUUGGAACUUGGACCUAUGGUACCUUUGUUUGGUGUCUGUAUGGGACUACAGUGCAUUGGGGAGGCUUUUGGAGGGAAGAUAGUGCGUUCUCCGUACGGUGUUGUGCAUGGAAAAAGUUCCCUUGUCUAUCAUAACGAGGGUGGGGAAGAUGGCUUGUUUACUGGAUUAUCAAACCCUUUCACUGCUGGUAGAUAUCAUAGCCUUGUGAUCGAAAAAGAGAGUUUUCCGCAUGAAGUACUGGAGAUAACUGCAUGGACAGAGGAUGGACUGGUAAUGGCUGCCCGCCACAAAGUAUAUAGGCAUCUAUUGGGGGUGCAGUUCCACCCAGAAAGCAUCAUAACCUCUGAAGGCAAGAUGAUUGUCAAAAACUUUAUCAAACUGAUAGAGAGAAAGGAAGCUGAAUCUUCAAACUAGGGUCUGAAUUCUCUAUUCACACAACCUUUUGUAAUUUUCUGUUCACACAGCCUCUUGUAAUCUUCAAACUAGGGUUUGAAUUUUCUGUGCACACAGCCAUUAGUUGUUGAAUUCAUGAACAAGGACCAGUUCUUUUGCCUGCCUUUUACAUUAUUUAGCGGGGAGGAUUUUGAAAAUUUGUGAUCGCUCCUCCUGUUAACCUUCAUAAGGUUUGGAAUUAAUUUAUUGUGUUACAUUCCUUCCGA